AUGCCUCAGAAUUUCAUACUCGAGAUCGAGGUGUUCGACUGUUGGGGAAUUUAUUUCAUGGGACCAUUCCUACCUUCGUACAAGAACGAGUACAUUCUAGUCGCAGUGGACUAUGUCUCAAAGUGGGUGGAAGCAAUCGCCAGCCCCACUAAUGACGCACGUGUUGUGACCAAUAUGUUCAAAACCAUCAUCUUUCCAAGGUUUAGAGUACCUAGGGUGGUCAUAAGCGAUGGAGGGACCCACUUCAUCAACAAGGUUUUCCAAGGCCUCUUGAAGAAGAACAGUGUUAAGCAUAAAGUUGCGACGGCAUAUCAUCCUCAAACAAGUGGCCAAGUGGAAGUGCCUAAUAGAGAGAUCAAGAGCAUCCUGCAUAAAACAGUCGGAACUACACGCAAGGCUUGGUCUUUCAAAUUAGAUGAUGCACUAUGGGCUUACAGAACAGCCUACAACACACCACUCGGGACCACUCCAUAUCUUCUGGUCUAUGCCAAGGAGAGGCGCUCCAUCCAGAUCCACGAGCUAGAGGAUAUCAGGCACCUAGCUUAUGAGAGCACAAAUAUCUACAACGAAAAGACCAAGACAUAUCAUGACAAGCGGAUCAUCAGCAGAAGUUUUGAACCGAAUGAUCAGGUCUUGCUCUUCAACUCCAGGCUGAAGCUGUUCCCUGGGAAGCUGAAGUCCAAAUGGUCUGGUCCGUUUACUAUCAAAGAGGUCCGGCCAUAUGGAGCAGUAGUGUUGCUGGACACGAACGGAGGAGAAUUCGUUGUUAAUGGUCAGCGUCUCAAGCCAUACCUUGCUGAAACAACAAUCGCAGAAGGUGAAGAAAUUCCCUUAUGUUAUCCAUCCACAACCUAA